CAUUGUUCAUGAUGAUCAGCGUUGAGCCCACCUCAGAACCAGCACGAGAUUCUCCUUAGAAGUCAGAUGCUGUCGUCUCUUCUACCAAAAGCUUUUUCAGAAGUGUCACAGUUUAAACAGUCUUCUGAUUCCUUUCCUGCACAUUCUGACUUACAAUGUGUGCACUAUGCAUUUGACAUUCCAGUCCAAACCCAUCAGCCAGUGUGGAGUUGUUGCAGGAGGUGUCGAUGUCUCGCUACAUCCCUCACCCAGGCCUUGUGGUCUCUGUCACACUCACGUCCGUGCGCACAGAGACUGGCAUCACAUUGAAAGCCCCGCAGCAGGCCUCCAUGGCAGAGAGCAUCAUGUUGAAUCUGGCUGGCCAGUUGAUCAUGCUACAGCGGGAGUGUUCAGGACCACAGGUACGAGAGAAGGAGACAGCUGCUAACAGCAAGAAGCUGGUGAGUUGGGUUGUCUGAAUUUGAACCUUUCAACUGUGCUCACAGAAAUGACAUGUCAGAAACAUGUUGGUCUUACCGUAAACCUGCAAGUGUUGCUGGAUUUUU